UGGAAUUAUCCGCAGUAAACAGGAAGAGGGCGGGAAACAGCGCCUGUGGUGACAAAUAAAAACAGUCCCAUUACAGAUCAGCAGAGAGGAGCCUGGUACCCACACUGCGGUCUCCCUCCUGUAAGGUGGUGAUUAUGCGGCCAGGACGGCGUCUGUAACACGGCUUUAACAGAUCUCAGGCCAGGCUUUAGGGGUGAAUUCUCAGGAGUGUGUUUAAAUCGAGUUUCUGGGACAUGAUGGAUCCUCCUGACGUUCUCCUGCAGUGUCCCUGGCUUCCUGUGAGCAUCAGUGGCUGCCACCUCCUCGCCAAGAGCUGGUUUGGGAACACGGCGUACCACGUCCUGCUGACUGACAUGCACUGUGUGUGGGAGGAGAGGAUGGACUCUGAAGCCAUCCAGAAGAGAGCUCAGGAGCUGAACAAACGUCUGAGAGCCCCCGUCAAAGCUUUCUUCUCCCACCUGUGUGACGUGGUUCAGCCCACGCUGACAGGAAGUGACAGACGACCUGCCGAUGAGUCUCCAAUUUCUCUGACGCGACAAAAAGACGGAAACAUCAGCAUGAAGCUGAAGAGCGAGCUGGCGGGGCUGCCCUUCUACUGGGAGUUUCACUGCACCCCUGCUCCAGUCACAGUGGUGUGUGCCCAGAUGCUGCGCCCCCUGCUGGUGAUGAGCCAGCUGCUGCAGCAGCAGGUGGAGCAGCUGGGAAGUCUACUGAUGAGGAAGGAUGCCGAGAUCCAGGACUACAGAGAGAACGGGGCCACGCUCAGCAGAGAGCGGCUGCAGACGGACGUUUUUGAGGAGCAAACCCACAGAGAAGACUUCAUGGCAAAGACUCUUCCUCUGCUGCAGCACGACACUCCCAGCUUCGACGCUGACCUCCAGCACCUGUACACCGCCGUCGUCGCCCAUGGAAACACACGGAAGCGCAAACUGUCUGAGGGACGCCACAUUGAGGAGGAACAGCCACUUGCAGAAGCAGGAGUCAGCACUGAUCUGGGAGAAUCAGUCAGGAGUGAACCAGCUGAGACCAAAGAGCAGAACCAGAACAGGAAACUGGACAACGUUGGAGCCAAGAUGGCUGACAGACCCUCAGUUCAGCAGUCUCAGCCGACCAAGCCUGCCGCUGCUGACCAACCACCGUCCAAACCAAAGAAGAAGAAAGUCGGCCUGUUUAGAUGAUCUCGAGCAGUAGGAUGCACACACAGACGAUUAUUAAGAACUCCACCACAAAAAAAACAAGCUUUUUAUACCAUUUCAUGAUAAAUGGAGAAUGGGUUUAUCUUAUAACUGAUUUUUUUUAAGCUUUCAAUCGCAGGAUUCUUUGACAAUUCGGGACUCUUUAGAUGGUUUUAAGAUUUUACUUUUCCAAUUUUAAACUGUUAAGGUAAUUUUUUAAUAAGGGUUGUAAAAUAAAGUCUGGGUUUUGGGUAGUUUUCAUGAUUUUAAAGCUGUUGAUUAAAGAUGUAAAUAUAAUUUAGUGGGCUUUUUUUGGUCUUUUAUUAAUUACUUCAAACUGCUUGGUGGUGAAAUUCCUCCAUAAGGUCUACAAUUACUGGACAGCUAAAGUGGCUUAGAAUUGCAGGUGGACGAUUGGCAGAAAGAAUAUCAGUGUUUAAUGACAGUGAUUCUGAAGUAUUUAUCAGUGGAUUAGCUUUAGCCCGAUGUUUUUGUGUCUAAAGACUCACUUUGAAGUAAUUUCUUCCUCCUAUUCUCAGACAGACGAAGGGGGAAUAAUGAGCGCUCGGCGGUUGAUAAAGCGGCUGCUCGGCUCUUUCAGAGUUCGGUGAGAUGUUGACUCAAGGUGUUGCAGCAUCUGGGGAAUGCUAUUGAAGUUUAGGUUGAAAAGUCUCUGUUUGCCUGCAGGAUUUCAAGAGUUUCUGUGUAACAGACAACUCUGAACAAUUGAGUCAUGCUAACUGGAAAUGAAGAUGUUUUUAUGCGUUUAUGAUCAUGUUUAUCUCUGAAGUUCCUGGAAAUGAUCCCCACAAUUUCCAGGAAAUCAGCAUAAAUUCCAAGGGAGUUUCCUGAUUGUUAUUUUUCUUCCUAAUUAGCUCAGAUUGUGUACAUUUAAGUAGAGGUGGGCACAGAGUCAAAACUAUCAACCUUUUAUCUGUUAAACUGUUGCUACGGCUCAAAACAAAAAGAAGUUAACACUAAUGUUACAACCUGCUGCAAGUCUAGUGGUCCACCUUCAGGCCUUCAACAUGUUUUUACAGAUCUGCUUUGUGUCCGUAUUAAACCAUUCAUCAAUAAAAAGAUCUGAUUCUUCUUAUUCUGACCAUUCAGAGUCAUCA